CCCGGAGUCGCCCGAGCAGGGGAAGCGGCCGGUCUCCCAGGUUCCUCAGGACUGUCGGCGGCCGUCCGCCGGAGUCGAGGCCGAGAUGUCCCCGGAAUCGAAAAAGCUUUUCAACAUCGUUAUUUUAGGAGUGGCCUUUAUGUUUAUGUUCACCGCCUUUCAGACUUGUGGGAAUGUGGCGCAAACUGUCAUCCGGAGUUUAAACAGCACGGAUUUCCACGGCAGCGGCUACACCAGCAUGGCCAUCAUUUAUGGGGUGUUCUCUGCUUCCAACCUGAUCACGCCAUCCGUGGUCGCCGUCGUUGGACCUCAGCUCUCCAUGUUUGCCAGCGGGUUAUUCUACAGCAUGUACAUUGCCGUUUUUAUCCAGCCUUUCACCUGGUCCUUCUAUACCGCCUCUGUGUUCCUGGGAGUUGCAGCUGCGGUCCUCUGGACAGCACAGGGCAACUGCCUGACAAUCAACUCGGACGAGCACACUAUUGGGAGGAACAGCGGGAUUUUCUGGGCACUCUUGCAGUCCAGCUUGUUCUUUGGAAAUCUCUACAUAUAUUUUGCUUGGCAAGGGAAGACUCACAUUUCAGAGAGUGACCGGAGAACAGUGUUCAUCGCCCUCACGGUGAUCAGCCUCAUCGGGGCUGUUCUCUUCUUUCUUAUUCGGAAGCCAGAUGUGGAGAAUGUCCUGGGAGAGGAGGAGUCUUCCGACGACCAGGACCUGGAAAACAAUGCGUCCACCCAGACCACCAUGACCAAGGCAGCUGAUGCAUUCAGAAAGUCUGUUAAGUUAUGUGUCACCAAGGAGAUGCUGCUUUUAAGUGUUACGACUGCAUACACAGGUCUGGAGCUGACCUUCUUCUCCGGCGUGUACGGGACCUGCAUCGGGGCCGUAAAUGAGUUUGGAACAGAAGAGAAAAGCCUCAUUGGACUUUCUGGCAUUUUCAUCGGAAUUGGAGAAAUUUUAGGCGGGAGCCUCUUCGGCCUGCUGAGCAAGAACAGCCGUUUCGGACGGAACCCAGUGGUGCUGUUGGGCGUCCUGGUGCACUUUGUCGCUUUUUACCUCAUAUUUCUUAACAUGCCGGCGGACGCCCCCAUCGCCCCCGUGGAGGGAACCAACAGCAGCGCUUACAUCAAGCCCAGCAAGGAGGUGGCCAUCCUCUGCAGUUUCCUACUGGGUCUCGGCGACAGCUGCUUCAACACCCAGCUGCUCAGCAUCCUGGGCUUCCUGUACGCGGAGGACAGCGCGCCCGCCUUCGCCAUCUUCAAGUUUGUGCAGUCCAUCUGCGCAGCUGUGGCGUUCUUCUACAGCAAUUACCUGCUCCUGCACUGGCAGCUGCUGGUCAUGGUGACGUUCGGGUUCUUCGGGACUCUCGCGUUCUUCACCGUGGAGUGGGACGCUGCCGCCAUCGUGGCCCGCGGCUCUGACUACCGCAGCAUCUGAGCAGCUGCUGCCCAGUGGAGACGGUGUCCUCACUCAUGCCAGCUGGCCGCGGUGUUUGGUGGGGAAGCCGCCUCUCGUCUGGAAAAUCCAGUAAUUAGACUGUUCAGCCUGCCAGAGGUGUUGUCAAGUUUACAGAUAUUGCUAUUUCGAACGAAUUGAAUAAGGGAUGCUUGCUUUCCCAAUGAUUGUUCUGAGAUACUGGCUUUCAGUUCAGCUGUUCCACGUUCCUACAGUCGUGGUAUAGGCCGCACAUGUGGCUCCUCCUUGUCCUGUCAGUGGGAGCCAGGACGGCUGCUGGCAGGGGGUUCCUGCUCGCCUGCAGGGCAGCCUGGGCACUCCAGGGGACUCUCAGGGAAUGACCUUCCAAUAAAUGACUAAGUGCAGAUGCUCCCAUGGAACCUGAUCUUCAGAAGAUACUCCACGGGCUCGGUUCUCUUUGGUUAUUGACAAGGUUGGCUUGCCUCCACUGUUAGCUGACUGGAGCGUGUGAUGCCCAAGAAGGCCUCUUCUCAGGGGGCAGGCCUUGGGGCUCUGCCUGUGCCCCGGUGAGAUGAGGCUGCGCACAUGGGGAGUGCCCGGAGAGCAAGGAGGACCUGCCUGCUGUGAUUUUGUAUUUUUUCAGAUCUGCUAUAAAUUUGGGAAUUGUAUAGUUGACUUGCAGAUUUGACGAACUGUGAGUCUGGGGAAGUGGGGUCCCAGUGUUUGUGGGUGACUGUGGUGAGUUCGGGAAGUGGAGUCCCGCUGUUUGUGGGUGACUGGUGAGUCCAGGGAAGUGGGGUCCUGCUGUUUGUGAGUGACUGUGGUGAGUCUGGGGAAGUGGGGUCCCGGUGUUUGUGGUUGAGUGCAGUGAGCUAGAGACUAGACUGGCAUGCCGAGCUCUCCUUUCCCCAGUGGGAAGGUGUUGAUUUUCUUUUCUUUUUUUUUUAAGAUUUAUUUAUUUGCAAGCCAAGCCAGAGAGAUGG